AUCUAUCGAUCAACCAAACCAUUUCGGCUAUCAAUCGUUCCUCCCUCCCGUUAACAACAGAAGAGAACAGAACAGGCUCCCUUCUUCCUCCCCACCCGUCUUCCCUGCCCGGCUCCGGCUCGCCGCCAUGGCCGCCAACGCGUGCUGUACGUGCGGCGACGCUAUCGACGACGAGAAAGAAGACACGACGUUCUUCGAGUGCGUUCGCUGCGCAAGGUGGCAGCACAACUGCUGCUUCAAGAACUGGGAUUCGUCGGAGGACCCCGAACUGUGCGAUAUUUGCCUCGACCAACAGAAGCAGCAGCCCCACCACCACCAGUGGGUGGAGAAACUCGCGAGCUUGGACUUCCGGAUGAUAUGCGAGCCCUACCGCUUCUGCUAUCUCUGCAGCAAGCACUUCUGCGCGCGCUGCUGCCCCGCCGCCCCACCCAGCCGCAGGCGCGAUCACGGCAAUCACCCCACAUUCAUAAUCGAGGUGGUGCAGCACGAGGGGCUGCUGAUCGUCAGAUUGGAGGACGUUAACCACUUCUACGACUGCUCUCGCGUCGAGCCGGAGAUGGCAUUCCCAGGUUGGGUGCGCCUGCAUCCCAAGCCGGAGGAGCAGGAUGCCGGCGGCGGCGGCGGAGGAGAGCCGUGCGGCUUCAGGGAAUGCAACCGUCGAAUAGCCCAAGACUAUGAUUUCUGCUCCAUCCACUGUCAGUUCGAAGAGAUAGGCCGUGAUCCGGUGAUGCCCCCUACUCGCCAAGCGGUCCUGGAUAGUCGGGCUCAGAAGUAUCGUGUGAAGGGACUCCUGACGCUGGAGCAUUCAAAUGGGACACCGAUCGUCAGUCUGGGACAUGGAUGGGACAAGUUCUGCCUCCUCUGCCACGCCGGAUUCAGCUCCCAGGUGUGCCAUCACCACGACAAUCACAGCACCAUCGAAAUCAUAGACACCCCAGAGUUCGGUCUUGUCGCACGCUUCAUACAAACGCUCCAUGGGGAAUGGCUUGCCUCCUUGAGCACCGUUCAGAGUUCUAGGGAGGAGAGAGCCCUUGAUGAUGGUUAUGGGUGGUUUUAUACUGAGGUGAUCGUGGAGGUGCCCUUGAUGAUGCAGUCGCACCCAGUUUCAGAGCUACGCCCGAAUUCUUGUCGGUGUGGUAGUGGCAUCGACAAGGACAUGGUGUACUGCUCAGUUCAGUGCAUGGCGGGGGACUUGUGAGCGAGCUUCCCAAGCCAAACCGAGGGAGCUGACAAGACAUGAUUCUUUUUCCCAAUGCCACUUCUUGUGGUCAAUUGCUUUUAUUCUUUCAUCUGUAAGAAACUGAAUGUGUGUCUAAUAGUGAGAUGAUACCUACAAACGUUGUGUAUACUCAUGAGUUACUAGUUCCAGCAAGAUUAAUUUGUAGUUUCCCAGUGCAAGGAAUAUUUUGGAAUGUGAGGGGGAUUAGACAGGACACAAAGAAAAACUU